AUGGCUCGAUCAACAAUAUCCUCGUCCUCAGAGACAAUCAGCGACCGAAACAUUCAACCCAUCACAUCGACUGAUCCUGAAAAGCAAAGUCCUCUCCCCUCCACCAAAACAGAUGCAAACCUGCACCCAGAGCCUGCCAAAGCAGUCGCCGCAGACCUCGAGCGUGGUGAAGGCGAAGAUGAGAAGAAACGGCAACAACCUCCAGCAGGUCCCCCACCUGGAAUGGCUCCAGCUGAUUUCCCAGAUGGCGGCCUCGAGGCCUGGCUGGUUGUCUUUGGCGGUUGGUGUGCUUUGUUCUGCACGUUCGGUCUUAUAAACUGCGUGGGAGUGUUUCAGAAAUACUAUGUUUCUGGACCAUUGAAGGAUCAUGAUAGCUCUUCGGUGAGCUGGAUCACGUCUGUCGAGACGUUCUUCAUGGUUUUUUGCAGCGCCUUUUUUGGCCGUCUGUUUGAUAUGUAUGGACCCAAGUAUCUCCUUUGGUUCGGCACUGUCAUUUAUGUCUUCGGCCUCAUGAUGGUAUCUCUCUCGACAGAAUACUAUCAAUUCUUCCUUUCUCAAUCCAUCGUCUCAUCCAUCGCAUCCAGCGCUGUUUUCAAUGCCUGCAUGUCCUCGCUCAUUACCUGGUUUUUCAAGCAUCGUGCAGCGGCAUUCGGAAUCAUGGUCUCGGGCUCGUCCCUCGGAGGUGUAAUUCUCCCAAUCAUGAUGGACAAGAUGAUCAAGAGCGUUGGGUUCCCCUGGAUGAUGCGUACUGUGGCCUUUAUGUUCCUGUUCUUGCUCGGCAUCGCCUGUUUCACCGUCAAGUCUCGACUGCCUCCUCGCCCUAAGCCUUUUGUAUUCAUGGAAUACCUCAAGGGUCUUCGCGAGCUGCCAAUGCUCAUCACCGUCAUCGGUUUCUUCUUGUUCAUGUGGGGCAUGUUUCUCCCCUUCAACUAUGUCCUGCUCCAGGCCGAGGCUGCUGGCAUGUCCGAGACCUUGAUCCCUUAUUUGCUACCUAUCCUUAACGCAGUGAGUAUCCUUGGCCGUAUCAUUCCUGGUAUCAUCGCCGACAAGAUUGGUCGAUACAACGUCAUGGUCAUCAUUACCUUUAUCUCUGCCCUGUUUUGUUUUUGCGUCUGGAUUCCCGUCAAAGAUACCGCCGGCAUCGUGGUCUUCGCCAUUAUCUUUGGUUUCUCCUCAGGUGGAUAUAUCAGCCUCGUCCCGGCUCUCGUUGCUCAGAUUUCCGACAUCCGUCAAAUCGGUACUCGUGUUGGGGCUGCAUUUGCCAUAGCAUCUUUCGGUGCGCUGACCGGGAGCCCUAUUGGUGGUGCAAUUGUGUCAUCGCAAGACGAUGACUAUCUUGGUCUGCAGUUAUUCUGUGGUUGUGCUAUGUUGGCAGGUUGUGCUGCCUUCUUUGCUGCACGUUAUGUGCAAGUCGGUUUCAAGCCGGUCAAAGUCUAA